GCGUAAACGUGCAUUUGCAAACGAACUGUCCGACGGUGCGGAGGACAAAAACGCAGACAAUUUUCUCCAACAAAUUUGCGCAAAGCAACGGUAUUUCAUAAAAUAAAAAAAAUAGCAGAGACAAUAUUUACUUUUUCUAAUUGCCAUACAACAGUUUUUCUCAAGCUUUUUGCUUUUGUAGCGUCGCGGAAGAAUUAUGCAAAUGAGAUGAAAAUAACAAAAUAAAUAAAUUAAUUAAAAUUUAGAGUGAGAAUUAAUGUAAAAAAUAUGAAUGAAAAUGAAUGGUGCAAAAUAUGUGAUAAUAGAGAAAUAAAAAGAUUUGAGCGUCGCUAACUACAGACCAAAGGUGAAUUUUUUAGUGUGAAAAGCUAAAGAAAAAUUAUUUAUUUUCCUCCAAAUGGUGCUAACUCUUAGCUACAACUUUGUUGCUACCAAAAUCUGAUUCAAAAGAAAGGAAAAGAGUUUACUAGCUGACCACUAGUAGUACUACACACUAACAUAUAUGAUGCAAAUGAAACAAUUAAUAUUUCAAGUACAAUAAUAAUUAAAUUUCAAUUAUAACAACUAAAUAAAAAUAAUUUAAAAUUUAUUUCGAAUAUAAAUUUACAUUAUUACAUUAAAUGCGUUAACAUAUGUCUCUUUCGACUAUAGCUGCUGGCUUUUCAAGCUGACGCCUGAGCGUCGAGUCGAGAAAAGAGCACAAUAGAGCGCAAAGAAUGUACGGCAGAAAGAAAGCAGCAAAGUAGAAAGAAAAGUUGAUGGCAAAUAUAUACAAAUAUAUAUAAAAACAUAUACAAAAACAAAUGUAUGGGGAGAGAAAGGAAAAGAAAUAAUAGUAAAAGCCAAAGACAAACUCGAAAGACAACGGAAGCCACCAAAGAACAAUACAACAAACACCCCACCAAACACAAAGGAAUAACGAAAUAAAAGAAAUUCAAAAUAUUGCCAGUAAUAAGUAGCAAUUGAAACUAACACAUACACAAUCACACACAAAAUAAACGCGCGUUAUAUUACACCACCGAUACGAAUUGAUGCGGAGCAGCAACAAUAACAAUUGAUAAGCAAAAGUUCCUAAGCAACUUGUUAAACAGACACAAUUAUAAGUUGUGGAAUGCUACAAAAUAACACACAAACAUACAUAUAAAACAAAUUUAAAGUUAAUAUUAGAACAAAAAAAAAAAACAACAACAAUAAUUGCCACCGGAGUGACGCGCACGUGGUAAUUGUAGUAAUUGCGCCACAUGUUGCCAAUGUGAACACUGUUGCAUGCAUACACAAAUACAUAUACGAAGGGGGCAUUGCAAAAACAAAUAAAAAAUUUACAACAAAAUUGAGUUUGUAAAAGCAGAAAGCAUGCAUGCAAUGGAAGUUUGAACUCAAUUACUCAAACUCAAAUUUAAAAAUAAAACUAAACAAAUGAAUACAUGCAUAUGCAAAUAACAAAUAUUACACCAAAAUAAGAGUAAAUAAGUGUUGUUUACAUAUGUGAGUAAACAAGCAGAUGGACUUGGCGACCGUACCACCGGAGCUGGAGGAGCUCCUCAUCUGCAGCUGUUGCCAUUUGCCCUUCAACGAUAACGACGCCCUGCCCAAGCUGUUCACGUGUCGCCACUACUUCUGCCUCAAAUGUGUCAAUUCGUUGCUGCGCGAAGGCAGCGACGAACUUUACUGUGUACACUGCUGGAAGCGUACCGAACUGCAGGGACCCGAGCCACGUACCGACAGUUUACCCACCUACAAUGCGAUUUUGUAUCUCACACAGAAUUUGACUGCGCUUAGUUUUAAAAUGAAAUUCGGCGAACGUGAUCGUCAGCAGCGUUCGUCGUCGAUUGCAUCGAAUGGCUCCACCGGUGCGCUUAGCGGGAGUGGUGUAAUUAAUAAUUGCGGCAACAACAAUAACAAUAAUAACAGUAACAAUAGCAAUGGCAGUAAUGGCAAUCUAAGUAGUAUUGGUGUAGGCAACAACAACAACAACAAUUUGGAUAAAUUGAAAAUGGCCGAAAAUUGCAUGACACAUGCCAUGCCCAACACUCUGUGGUGUAGCGCGUGUAAUAUACUGCUGUGUCGCGCCUGUGCCGCCACCGAAGAGCAUCGCACACAUUUGGUGAAGAAUAAAAUCGAAGCCAAGGAAUCACUGUACGCGGACAUAUCAAAAGAGCUGCUCGGCAUGCAGAAGACGCUGAACGAUGUGCAGCAUUUGGUAUUGAAGCAACGUGAUUUUCUGCUCAAAAUAUUGGAGAGCUGCACCACGCUCAAGACACAAAUCGAAACGGAGCUGCUGAAUCAUAUGCCUACCUUGGAGUUUUCCGAAAUACGUGAGAAUUUAUGCAAAGCGCGUCUAUGCCUCGAGAUAAUCGACAAGCAGACGCCAGCCGAGGCUAUGAAGCUCUAUGCCACACUGCAUGCCGAGAAGCAACGGCUCAUGGCCAAGUAUCAGGAGAUGUUUCUACAAUGCAAAUUGGACGAUAUGAUACGCAAUUGUGGUUAUGUCUUCGAUUUUGAUCUUAUCAAGCAGGCGCUUGUGCAAAUGCACAAUUGCGUGCUCAAUGGCGGCAAUUUGGAUAACUUCGGUGUGGGUUCGGUAAUUGGCGGUCUCAAUGGCAUAACGGCGGGUGCUCAUCAGAAUCCGGUUUUGCUGUUGGCCAACUAUUGCAUUUCACAAUUGUAUUCGCGUCAUAUGUUGUUGCUGAAGCAACAGCAACAGCAGCAACAACAACAGCAACAGCAGCAUGCACAACAACAACAGCAACAUCAGCAGCAGCAACAGCAUUUGCUGUCGAACGGUUUGCUCACCUCGAUGAUAUCGCAUGUGAGUCUCUCCACAACCAUUAACGGUAAUUUGCCCACCUCGAAUGCCAAUUUCACGCACGCAACAUACGCACAGGCACUGCAACAGAAUCAGACCUCGAGCAAUAGCGUAACACAGCAACAACAACAAGCCAACAAUCCAACAUCGCCCGUACACAAGACUUACGCCGACAUCAUUGCGCUCUCGAGCAAAUCUAGCACCAGCUUACAAACUGCUCAACAGCAGCAACAACAGCUGCUGCAACAACAACAAUCGGUUAGCGGUAGUUUCUCGGAAAUCGCACCAAUUGGUACACCGGCAACAACAUCAAAUACAUCAGUGGUGGUUGGCGCACAACGCAACAACAGCUCACAUCUAUUCUCUAGCGCUGAUCUUAACGGUCUAGGUCUAAGCUUACUACACCUUCAACAACAGCAGCAGAAUGCUGCGACUACACAACAACAAACGAAAUCAUCACUACUACUCAAUCCCAGCGUACACGUCUAUCCCAUCUAUUAUUUCAACAUCGAAAUCAACGGCCAACACUCGGGACGCAUACUCAUCGAGGUGCGCAGCGAUGUGGCGCCGAAAAUGGCGAAGAAUUUCAAUGCACUCGCCACGCAAGAGCUCGGCUACGGUUAUAAGGGCUGCCACAUCUUCCAGUGUUGGGAAAACGAGAGUAUUAUUACCGGCGAUUUUGAAUUGAAUAAUGGGCGUGGCGGACGUUCGGUAUACGAUGAGGGCUUCUUUAUGCCCGACGAUACAAAAAUACUAGCCAUACGCGGUUCGGUUGGCAUGCGGCGCAGUCAAAAGCGUCACGAUAAUUUAGGUCUAGUAGGUUCACAGUUCCGUAUAAUUUUAAGGGAAAUGCGCGGUUUUACAGGUAUAUUUGCAUUUGUGAUCGAGGGUUUGGAUUUGGUCGAGAAGAUAUCGCAAACCGGUGAUGCGACUGGUAAGCCACAGAGUAGUGUUAUGGUUGUAAGUUGUGGCAAAUACCAGUUGGGUUAGGCCCCACUAAGGUUUGGGGUAGUGGUUAAUAAUUUAAGAAAGGUAAUAGUUUGAAUAAUGCGAACUUUUUUAAUGAGCGUACGUUAAAAUAGUAUUUUAAAAUAUUAUGAGUUUACAUUUUCUACCUACGUAUGUAUAUAUAUUAUGUUUUUAGAUCAUAUUGGUCUUGAAGACUAUGAACGUGCGAAGAUAGGAAUGUAUUCAUGAUAAUUCGAAAAAGUUGCAGGACCGUUAUUUUAGAGAACAAGUAGUUUUCGAAAAUUACGAUUUUUAAACGUAUAAAUAUACUUUAAUUGUAAUGUUACAUAUAAAUUGAUAACAAAUAGGCGAGCGUUGAAGAAUUGUAGAAGAAGUUAGAACCUUUUUUAAUUUUUUUUAUUUAUAAAAAUUAGGUCGAGUCUAAACGACGUAGGAAAAAAGGUUAUGUGGAAAAUCGUAUAUUGCGAGUGCUUCACCAGCAAGUAGGGGUUACUUUUAAUGGUUUAUAAAAAUUUAAAAAAUCAGAAAAGAGUCUCAUUAAAAGUAAAAAUAUACAAGCGAUAUAUGAAUAUAAAUGCAGGCUUAAAUAUAUAUGUACAUAUUUUUCCAAAAUCUCCACCUUAAAUUUCUGCAGCUAAUAGUUUUUUUCAGUUUAUAUCUCUUUAUCGGGAUUGUAAAUGAACUCAAUUUACUAUUACUGAGCAAUUAAUUGCGAAAGUGAUAUCAUUGAAUAUUCAAGAAAGCCUGGCAACUAACAUUCACAUUUAAUCGGAUAAUAUCAUCACUCUUUCAAAUUAAAUAGUAAUUCUACUUAAUUUAUUUUAUAAAAACACUUAACUAAUUAAAUCACGUUUGUUUGUCAUGUUAUUCAUAUAAAUUUGUGACUAAAUUAAAAAUUUAAUUUAAUUGUUUACAUUUUUAUCGCUGUAAGAGUAAUUGAACAGUCACUCCCUUAAGUAUAGUCACUUAAUAAACAAUGAACCAAUAAACAAGUCACUUAAUAAACCAAGACAAUUUACAAAUUUACAUGAAUAAUUUUCACACUUUCUCAAAUAUAAUUAUAACUGAGUGACUCGAAAACAUUUUUAUAGGCUUUUCGCACAGCCAAAUUAAUUGAUGAAUUAAAAUUAUAAUUGAGAAAGAUUUUGCCCUUCGCACUGCCGGCUACUCGAUAAACGAUCAGCUGUUAUACAUUUUUGUUUUUGCAUUUCAUCAUCUGUUUGAAUUUUAUCAAUAACCACAACCAUUAUUUCCGAUACCUACAAUCGAGUAGUAUUACUGCUACUUUAUCAAAAAAUACCAAAUUUACAGAGUGAACAACAACUCGCAGAAAAAGAACGUAUAUGUAAUUACAAAUACGUUCAUUGGCGCAGAGUUGCAUUGCAUUUUCAACCCGAUUUAUAUUCGAUUAAAAAUAAAGGGAGAAAAAUAAAUCAGCGCUUUAAUCGAGCAAAGGCUGGUUAAUUGAUUAAGUAAGUCCUGUGCGAAAAGGCUAUUAAUUGAACUGAUGAUUUAAUUGAACUGAUAUUUUGAAUGUUUUACUAUUGAAAGAGUGACUAAAUUAAAAACAUAAUUGGUUCAGUUUGGAACUUAAUUGAAUACCUAAAGCUAGAUUUUUGAAGUACAAUCGAAGGGUUUAUUUUAUG